AUGCUACGAGGUGAAACUCCAUAUGAUCUGGCAGCAGCAAAUCUGAAGUUAAAUCCAAGGUACAAAGAAGUAGUGGAAUACUUGCAGAAUAUCCGUGAUAUAUCAGAAUCCAUUUUGACCAAACUCACCGAGUUGAAUAGAGAUGACUUCCAGGAUCUUGUCGCUCUAGGAACAUUUUCUUCCUACGAAAACAGGGUGUUUUUGGCUGGUCCUUGCAACAUUGGGAAAUCUUCGCUAGCAAGUAUUUUAAUUGACGAGGCAAUUCCAAAGACAUGGUAUUCAACAGAUGGACUAGUUAUUCAUUUUGGUAGAAAUGGCAUAGACUUACAACACAGAAAAAUGAUUCCAUUGAAAAAAGGUAGUGCUGAUAUUUUAACAAAACUUCUACUUGGAAAUCCUGAAUUAAGAGAACAUCAAAGACGUCCUGUUGAAUCCAAAAUAGAGCAGAAUGUUGAUAAAAAUAUAGAUAAAGUCCUAGGUGAUCCUAAAUCAAAUCUUACAACAAAUGAAUCUACGUUAAAUCCACCUAAUAUGGAUAACUUUCCGCCAAAACAGCAUACUGUCCAUUCCAUACAAGAUGAUUUAUCAGAGAAGAUAAAGGAAGGAACUUAUAUCAUGAAAAUAGCACCUUCGGAUUUGGUCGAUUUCGGUGGGCAAAGAUCGUUUGAUAUGACUCAUCAGUUAUUUAUCCAGCACAGGGGGACGUUCAUUCUGAUGUUUGAUGGACGUUUGGGUCUUUAUACAGAGUUAGAAGAAUAUCCACAAGGAGAUGUUACAGCUGCAUCCAUUAUUUUGCAUUGGAUUAACUCUAUAUUGACUUACUGUACAAAAAGUGAUGACAAAAUGCCACGAAUUGUGUUUGCUGCUACCCAUAGUGAUAGCUUCUCUGAGGAUGAGAAAAAUAAAUUAGUUGUAAUAUUCCAAGAAGAGCUGUCAAAGAUGUUUUCCUCACACAAGCUUCAUGAGCAUAUCAUGUACGAGAAAGUCUUUUUUAUCAACGCAAUAGACGACGCAGACAAAGAGAUUGGUCGUUUGAAGGAUAAAUUAGUUGAUAUAGCAUUUCAGCAGUCAACAUGGGGACAACAAAUGCCGAUUGUUUGGGUACCUCUUGAUUUACAGAUAUCAGAUAUGAGAACAGAUGGAGUAAAGUUGAUAACGAAAGAAAAACUCUUAGAGAUGAACAAAAACAAUGAGGAAUUUGCUCUAAGUGAAAGAAGAGUUGAAGACUUCUUACUUGUGCAACACUCAAUUGGAAAGCUAUUGUAUUUCAAUGAACCUGCUUUAAGAGAUUUCGUUGUCAUUCAACCUUCAGCAAUGGUCAAUAUCCUGAGAGCUUUUAUUACAGACAUAAUGUUUUGGCCAGAAAAAGGACCUGUUCGAGACAUACUGGAGAAUUUAUCAUCUACAGGAGUUCUAACGAAGACAGACCUUUUUACUCUGUGGUCACAACCAGCUUUCGAGGAUAUUUUGACCGAUGUCAGAACAAAGGAAUAUAUAGUGCAGGUCCUCCUUCAUCUUGAUAUCCUUGUAGAACCUAAAAACUACACCUGGAAAGAUACACCUGCAGAUUCAUUUCUGAUACCCUGCAUGGUGAAGUCUAAAAUUCCAAGAAAAAUGCAGAAUGCUGCAACAGAUGACAGAGCAAUAUGCAUAGCGUAUCAUAUAAAGGAGACAGUGGUUCCAUCUGCUUUGUCGUUCAAGCUUAUAGGGGCUGCAAUCAGCAUUUGGCCUUUGAAAGAAGUUGAUGCUCGUUUUUGCCUUUAUUAUCAAGCUGCAGUUAUGGAUACUGAUACCAGAAAUGAACUUCAAAUUCAUGUGGAAUGGCACAGAAUUGUUGCAUACCUCGUAAAUGACACGUCAAAACACCUCAUUUCACCAGAUUUAGCAACAACGAUACAGGAAUGCUUGACAUUGGCACUAGGACGAAUUCUUAAGUUUUAUGGGCAUUGUUUUGGUAGAGAAAAUCAUCAUGUAACGUCAGACCUUUUUGAAAUAGAAGUUGGUGAAUUAUGCAAAGGUGAAACCUGUUUAAUUCCUUUGUCAGAUGCAAAAACGAAAGAACAUUGGAGAUGCAAAAAUGGGAAAAUACACAACACGAAAUUUCCUCUGAAUUGGAAUGUUGAUAAGAAUAAGAAGCAGUGUGACUCAAAUUGUAAAGGUCUUGAAACAGAAGCACAACUCUUGACACCAGAUGAUCAUCAUUUUGUGCAACUAGCAAGAACAAUAGGUAUUGUAGACUUCUACAACUUCUUCAUUGAACUUGGAAUGGAAAAAGCCGAUUACGACAACUUAAAUUUUCGUUAUUUCUCAAAUCCUAUGGAUUUUAUGUUGAUGGGACUGUUUGAAUGGCAGGAUAAAACUGAAAGUGACCAAUUGACUGCAACAUUUGGGAAACUCCAGAAGGCACUGACAGCUAUUGAAAGACAGCACUAUCUGUGUCAGAUACACAGAGAGGAUCAUACUUUAGUGGAACAAGCUCAUAGCCGCCUACAAGAUGUUCCUUCAGAUGACGUUAUUGAUGCUUUGACAGAAAAAAACCUGAUUGGUGAUUGCGUUGUUCACUUAGGAAUUGAAUUGUGUCUAAGCAUCGGGGACAUCAGGAAGACUUUGUACAAUUUUCCUAGGGAUUUGAAUGGUCAAGUUCAUGAUCUUCUCACCAAAUGGAAAAAUUGCAAUGAAACCAAGAUGGUAAAACCAACAAUCUACAGACUUAUGGUAGCUUUAAAACAUAUUAAAGCAGCUAAAGGACUAAGUUUUGUGAAGAAAACAUAUGGUGUGGAGUAAGACUUUAUAUAUUGUAUAAUGUGUAAAAGUAUAUUACAAUACAUAUAGUAGGUUUAAUUGUAGUUAACAAAAUUGAAGGGUACUACGUAGUUUUUUUAAAAUUAAAGAAUGUAUGUUCUGUUGCACUCUUUGAUAAUCAAGGUAAACAGAUGAGGCAAUUUUUUUCUUUUAGUAUUGUGGGUGAAAAAUUCAUAUUUUAAAUUAUUAACAAAAACAACGUAUCCUUAUGGCUUUAUUUGAUUUAUUUCUCUAAUAAACAAUGAUUUUUUUUUUAGCAAGAGGUGUUCUGCAGUCAUACUAAUCCGAUUUUUCUGGAGCCAAAACAGGCUAUCAUUUCACCUAUGUAAAUAAUUACUUCAUUUAACCCAAAAUUUAAAAUGUUUAUAAAAAGGAAUCAACCUCAUAUUCUUAUUACGCUUGAAGUUUUGAUUUUGUCAUCAACAUAAUUAUCAUUCUAAAUAUCAUUCCUAAACUGCAUGAAAUAAUACUUCCUUUAGUUCUAGUCCUUGUUAGCUCACCUGGCAGAAUACCAAUACAGCUUUUCUCAUCAGUAUGCGUCUGUAGUCAUUUGUCGUUGUCGUCGUCUAUUUACUUUUACAAAAGUCUUCUCCUCUGAAAAUACUGGGCAAAAUUUAACCAAACUUUUUAAAAAAAUUGGCAACAAUUAUCAUUUGGAUAUAUAGCUUUUACAAUAUCUCUGAUGACCCAUCUACAAACUGUGGUGUUCGACAUGACUAGAAAUAGAAGAUAGGGAUGACAUGCAAGUUGUUUGUAUUAUUUUUGAAAACUGCCAUCAAUAAAGAUAUUUAAAGGGGGUCCUAUUUGAACAAAAAUAUGAAAUUAAAAAUGUAUUCAAUACACAUAGCAUUGAAACAAAAAUUUCACAAUAAACAUAAUAUAACUUCAACACCAUAUUCAUCAACACUUACCUUUAUGUAUAUCACUUUUAAAAUUGAAAUAAAACAUGCUGAUUUAAAUAAUCUCAAAACUGAAUUGCGACUUAAAUUUUCAAUGUUAUUCAAAUUUUUUGAAUGUGUCAGAUAUACUUUAUGGACAAUUUUCACCAUACACUUAAGGGGAUAGACCUUGGUUCAGGGAGAUAACGCUUUAAGUCAGUUAUACUUUUGUAAAAGUCAAGUUUUCAUCAAUGUAUUUUAAGCAUUUACCUGAACAGAUUAGAAAUAAUCUAUGUAACCUUGAAGCUUAGAAUAUAUUUAUGAAAAUGGUUAAAACAAACGUUCUGAUGAUUUUAAGAGUUAUUUCCCUUAACCUAUGUCUACCUCCUAAAGCCUAGUAUAGAUUUAUGGUGUCAGUUGACAUAAAAAAGAAGAUGUGGUAUGAUUGCCAAUGAGACAACUAUCCACAACAGACCAAAAUGACACAAACAUUAACAAUUAUAGGUCACCGUACGGCUUCAACAAUGAGCAAAGCCCAUACCGCAUAUAGUCAGCUAUAAAAGGCCCCGAUAAGACAAUGUAAAACAAUUCAAACGAGAAAACUAACGGCCUUAUUUAUGUAAAAAUAAAUGAACGAAAAACAAAUAUGUAACACAUAAACAAACGACAACCACUGAAUUACAGGCUCCUGACUUGGGACAGGCACAUACAUAAAUAAUGUGGCGGGGUUCAAUGAGCUUAGUUAAUAAUGCAGGGAACAUUUUUUGUGUUAGAAUAUAUAUAAAAUAGCAUAUAAAGCAACUUGAUAAAUUUAAAAAAUGACACCUUUGUUUUGUUAAACCAAGAAUUAAAUAUAAUCAUGAUAAUAGAACUUCCAUAACAAUCCUAGAUAAACUUUUAAAAUAGAAAAUGUGUUUCAAAGUUAAAAGUAACUGUAAAAAUUUAUUUCAAUUGAAUUUAAAUAUUUUUUGUCAAAAUUAAAGACAUGGCAUACAAGAAGCACUUGAAUAAGGUUUAAUUACCCCAGAACAUGUUAGUUUUACAGGUAAAAAGAAAGCCUUAUUUUCUUAAACUCGUGUAUUACUUAUCUAGUGAAUUCAAAAGGCCUUGAGGAGGAAAACAGAAUGUUGCAUCUUUGAAUGAAUGUUAUUUUUAAUUUGAUACUCUCUGGCCAGGUGUGAUAUUUUGAAUGAGUUUGACCCGUACAGGAUGUAUUACUUUAUACGUCACCACUAACCAGAAGAACAGUUUGGUUUUUUUUUCAUUUUUUAUCCCUUUUUGAUAUUUAUUAUAUACAAUAUAUCCAAAAUUAUGAUAAUACAUAUAUUUCUAAUAUAAGGUUAAACAAUUUCAGUGAUUUUGUUGGCUGUUGUUACCUCAUUAAAAAGAUUAUUAUAUAACUAUUGUAUAUAACCAUGAAACCUAUGAAGUUCUAAUUAAGAAAUAUAGCAAAAUUAAGUUUUAAAAAAACACCACACAGGCCAAACAAGAAGCACAUUAACAAAGUUUAAUUACCCUCAGUAUAGGUGUAGUGUUUUAGGUAAAAGAAAACCUCUUUUUAACAAAACUCUUAAACUUUAAAAUAAAUAAAGUUGAAUUAUUAUAUAUUAAAAUGAUUUGAUUUAACUAUCUCUAUUUGAUAAAUCUUUUAUCAAUGAGUCGUGUAAGAAUGUUAAAAUCUGUUUUUGUAUAUAUCUUUAUUUUAUUUAAUUAAAAAAAAAGUAGAAUUGAGGUCAAGUAUGGUUCAGACUGGUCGAUUAUUGUUCAGACCUUUGGUCGAGUAUGGUUUAGACUGAAGAAAUAGGUUGAGUACAGGUCAAGAAUGGGUUUAGACUGUUUCAGAUUUGUUGAGUGACACUUCAGACUAUUUUCAAUGGCAAAGAAAAGGGUCAAGUACAAAUCAGUACAGUUGAGAAUGGUUAAGUCUGGGGUCGAGAAAUGUUGAGUAAAAAUCAGUAUAGUCAAGUUCAGAUAUUGGCCAUUUUAGACUUCUACUAGUUGGUAGUGAUUGUUGAUCUGAUAUCUAUACAGUUGUUGAGUCAGUCAAUCCUAACCCAAAUACUUUAUAGUUGGUCGUAUAUAAUAAGAAAGAACCAUAUUGAAUGAGGUCAACCUGUAUUAAGUCAAGAUAAUUAAAGGUUAUAGCGCCUAUAGGAAUUUUGAUUAGAUAAUGAGCUUUACAAAUAUUGUUUAUAAUAAUAAUAAUUAUAACCAAAAACAAAAAACAGAUUUUAUGCAGAAAUGUGAUUUCUGAAUGUUUAAUCAAAUAGUACAAAAUUAUUGAAUCAAAACCUUACUUUGAUAGAUUGUCAUGUACAACGAGAGGAACAUCCGUAUCGAUUUUGAGGUCACAAUAUAUCAGGUCAAGUUCAUAUUGGGGCAUAGGAAAUGUUAGCUUUCUCAGUAAAUAUUCUUUAAGAUACGCUAGAAACUGUCAUUUGCAUCACCAGAGUUACACAACAAAGAUUAUAUGUAAUGAAACUGCAUGUUGAUACUUUAAUUUUGGCAUUGUACAAGUCAGGUAUCCAUUGACUGUCCAUGGCGUUAAAGCACUUAACCCCUGGAAUGUGUUUGAUAUGAAUUUGGUCUCUGAUGUAUGAUUAUUUGUGUUUGACUUUUUACUAGCUUACAGUAACUGUAAUGCAUUUUUGUAAUGCAAUGUUUACUUAUUUUGUGUUAUAUAUCGUCUCACUAUUGUUAAUAAAUACAUGUACCACCUUUGUUUCGUAUAUCGAUAAAUUUUCAUUUAUGUACUUGGACUCGGGACAACAAAUGUAUUAAUUUGUAAAAUUCAGUACUCCAUGAUAACAGUGGUCAACAACAUUUUAAAUUUAUAUUUACCUGUGUACGUUGUGCUUUUAACGCUUUUUAUAUUAAUAUUGUGUCAUAGAUCAAACUUAUUUGUUCAGUCUAACUUAGUAUUCUUGUAGUUUUUCUACUUGAAUUGUUUCCUUUUUGAACCCCUAAUAGUUUGCUGUUGUGUUGAAUGCCGUACCUGUAGUUGUUAUGUUUUUAUACAUUUUGACUUAGAUGGAUAGUUGUCUCAUUGGCACUCAUUCCACAACUUCUUAUCUAUUUUGCUACAUUUCACUUAUAUAGAUAAUUAUCAAGCAUAUUUAAGAUUAAAACAUCAAAUCUAAAGUCGGUUAAAAAUGAAAUAAGUCGAACAUAACAAUAACACACCAUAAAAACCAAUAUUAGUGUUACGUUCGUAAUUAAUCGAUUCCUAACCUAACCUUGAAUUUCGGUAAUAGCUUUGUUGUUAUUGAUACAUUUUCAACGUAAUUGUAGUAAGUGCCUUCUCUAAAAUUAUCCAAUCACUCUAUAAAGUAAAGUUUUAACUAAGUUUUGUGUUCCUACCAAUUACCUCAAAAAAAAAUAAUUAAUGGCUAGGUAGAAAAUGUAAAAAACAAAAAUGAUCACGAUCGCCAUUAAAGGUCUAAAAAAUGCCAAUAUAAUCAAAACCAUUUGAUGACAUCUUCAGGAGUAAUUGCAAUAAUUUAAGUCAAAGUAAACAUUAUUGGUGGAUAUAUCAAAUUUCGAUGAAAUUUUGGAUUCUUUUAAAACUCGUUGAACUGCAUCUGAAUGUCAAAAAAUUGAAACAAAACUAUCAAAAUAAACAGAUAUAUUUGUUAAAAAACGGAGAAGAUCUAUAAAUAUAUAGGAUGUACGUAAGAAUAACAAAAAAUUUCACUUUCAAUUCAGUUUUCUCGAAAAUUCAUCAACAUAAUUUGUAUUGGAAAAGAUACGUUAUUACAAACAUUCCGUUCUAAUAAUGAAUAUUUUAAGGAUCACUUUUCUUUUCUAUAAUCAAUAGAAAUCAACUAGUUUCGAUGUGUAGCAUGGGAAAAUCAGAUAAAUUAUUGCUACGUCAUGAAAGCAUUGCGCUGCAAAAAUCAUUCUGUAUACAUCACUCAUAUUUAUGUAUAAAUGAUUUAGACCAAGAAAGCAAAUCCAAUGACCCCUUAUAUUAUCUUAUUAAUUAACCCAAAUGUUAACAUUAAUACUUAACAAUAAAGUCGAGAAUGGAAAUGGAGAAUGUGUCAAAGAGACAACAACCCGACCAAAUAAAAAAACAACAGCAGAAGGUCACCAACAGGUCUUCAAUGUAGCGAGAAAUUCCCACAUGCGGAGGCGUCCUUCAGCUGGCCCCUAAACAAAUAUAUACUAGUUCAGUGAUAAUGAACGCAAUACUAAUUUCCAAAUUGUACACAAGAAACUAAAAUUAAAAUAAUACAAGACUAACAAAGGCCAGCGCGGGGUUAAACAAAUUUAGCUGUUUUUACAAUCGUUCUUUACAUUUAUUACCCCAUUUCCCAGUGGAACUAUAAAUGCUACAUGCAUAUCAUUUUCAAUGUUUCAGAUUGGGUUCAAAGAAAUCUAAAUGCAUACAAAAUUUCAUCAAAUUUAUUAUAUUUAAUUAUAAACAACCAACUAAGUGAUGACAAUUUUUUCGUAUUUUUGCCUAUUACUUCAAAAAUGUGUAUAGAAAUUUUAAGGUAGAAGAUGUAAACAGCAAAAUUAAUAAACACCCAAAUCAACGAAAAAAGACAAUUCAUAGAUGACCAAGCGAAUUUAAUCACUCCUUAAAGAGAUAUUGCCCUAAAGGGAUUUUUAUUUCAUAGUAUAGUUCUUAUUGUAUUUAUCAUGUACAGUAUUACAUAUUUUAUAAAUAGUUAAGUAAUAAAAUUUAUCAACAUGUGAA